AGCUGACUUACAUCUGACAGGUUUCGACCAUCAAACCCUGGCCAAAGUUUACAGUUCCAUCAGUGGUGAUAAGACCCAUGGAUCUCGAGGACUGAAGAACGCAACACCCGAAGACCAGAAAGAUAACAGAUAUUUUGAACGCAGACGGCGCAACAAUGAAUCUGCAAAAAAGUCCAGAGAUGCCAGGAGGACACGAGAAGAUGCGCUUGCAAAUACUGCCACAGAAUUGCAGAAAACCCUGGAUGCCUUGCAUUCUCAGAUUAAAAAAUACCAAUGGGAAAAUGAACAGUUAAAACAAUUGUGGGUUAUUAAAUGUCAGAAAAGUGUUAAUAAACUCCCAUAUGCAACAGACUCGGCAUCAAGGACAAAGCAAAAUUCAAAACCAAACUCAGAAUUCAAGCCAGAACACUAG